AUGGCGAAAGGGCAGUCCAAAUCCAAGUCCGGCUCGGUGCAGGCCGCCAAACCCUCUGAGCAGAUGACUCUAUCGGCCGCUCUGUCCUCACCAUGGGGAUUCCUCCGGCCCACCAACGAUUUACAUACGACCGUCGUGGAUUCCGCAAAGCACAUCCUAGAUUCCCUUGCAGGUUCUGUCGUGGACGCCCAGACAGCCCGUCGGCAACUCAACAAAAAGCGCAAAAGAUCAGACCUCGACUCGGAUAUUACCCAGCUCCAACUGAAGAACCUCUACGUGGACGGCUUCAACUCGAACCAAAUAUGGGAACAAGCAACACGAAUUCUCGAGUCGACUGGUGAUGAGGUGGAACGCGAUAUCACCUUGAUUGCCCAACAUAGCGGCUACAUGGACCAGUCCGACUCCGAGGCCGAGGGUAUCUCUGAUCCCGAGGGUGCGCAAAGCGACAGCGACAACCACGAGGACAUGCUGGAGGAUCUCUCUGAGGGCUCAGGUGCUGAAGAUGAUCUCGACGAAGAUGAUCUCGAGGAGGAAUCUGACCAAGAGAUUGAUAUGGGAUCUGAAGAUCUGGAUGAGGACGACGAAAUGGAAGAUUGGGACGAUGAUAAAUCACUUGGCUCCGCUGAAGGAGAGCCUGAAACAUUUGUCGAGGAUAAAUUCGGACUGAACGACGGCUUCUUCUCCAUCGACGACUUCAACAAGCAAUCCGAGGCUUUGGAGAGACAAGAUACCACAGGAGGCCCCGAGCAGGGCGACGACAGCGACGAGGAUGAGCUUGACUGGCACUCAAACCCGUUGGUAGCAGGAAGUGCUGCGCCCAUUCGUGGUGGCGACAAAUCGAAACGACGUCCUACAGAAGAGGAAGAUGAAAGCAUGGAUGAUAGUGAGGAGGAAGGACCUACCUUCGGUAAUGCCGAUCUCAACGCCGAUUCCGAUUCCGAUGAUGAUGAAGACGCUGCCGAUAUGGACGAUGGCGAAGCCGCUGCUUGGGUAAACACUAGUGAUAUCAAAUACGCCGAUUUCUUCGCACCUCCACCCCGCAAGGCCUCCAACAAGAAAAUGCGCGCCCUCCCGAAGACCCAACCCGAUGCGCCGGCUGUCGAUGAAGACGAUGUCAAGCGUGCUAUGGAUGACGUUCGACGGGACUUGUUUGACGAUGACGAUGUGGACUCUGCUGAUGAAGCAGAGGGCAAAGUUGAAGGAUCUGGUGACGCCAAUGCUCCACGCUCCUCACACGAGAAGCAGAAGGCACGGAUCGCAGAUGAGAUCCGUCGCUUGGAAGCAGCAAACGUGGCCAAGAAAGAAUGGAUGUAUACUGGUGAAGCCAGAGCCAUCGAGCGACCCGUCAACUCUCUUAUCGAAGAAGAUCUCGACUUCGAACGAAUCGGAAAACCCGUCCCUGUCAUCACCAACGAGGAUAGUGAGGAAAUUGAGGAAUUGGUUAAGCGUCGCAUUCUCGCCAUGGAGUUCGACGAAGUUAUCCGCCGUCGGCCAGGCGCUGAAGGCCAGCAAGCUGGAAGAAAGCCCCGCUUCGAAUUGGAUGAUACCAAGGCCCAGCAGGGUCUGGCUGAGAUGUAUGAAACUGAGCAUCUUAAGGCCAAUGAUCCCAACUUCGUGGAUACUAAGGACCGCAAAUUGAUCCGGGAACACGCUGAGAUUACUCAGCUCUGGAACGAGGUCAGCGCUCAACUGGAUACUCUAUGCAACUGGCACUACAAGCCCAAGAUUGCCCAGGCAAGCAUCAACGUCGUUACCGAUGCACCAACUAUCAUGAUGGAAGAGGCACGCCCCACAGCUGGCAGUGCUGCUGGUGGACCUGUUGGACUUGCACCACAGGAGAUCUACGCACCCGGUGAUAAUGGCCGUGUUGCAGGCGAAGUGGUCCUCAAGACUGGCGCAUCCAUCUCCAAGGAAGAGAUGACUCGCGAGGAGAAGGCCAAGCACAGACGACAGAAUAAGAUGACCCAAAAGAAGGCCGAUGCCGAACCUGGCAAGCAAAAGUCUGGCAAGGCGGCCGAGAAGCAACAGAUGCUCUCAGACCUGAAGAAGGGAGGAGUCAAGGUCAUCGACAAGGAAGGCCGUGUGACGAAUAUUGAUGGUGGCGCUGUCAGCGCAGGCGCCAAAAACAGAGGAGACAAUUUGAAGUUGUGA